AUGACCUGCUGCCCCAAGGGAUUUGGCAACAACCCGGAAGCCUACUGGCUCACCGAGCUCCAUCAGGAGAGCCGAAAGAAAAAAGGCAAGCCAAAAGCCAAAAGCCAAAAAAAAAGAUUUGGGUUUAUUGCAGAAGUUCUGACCGUGCGGUGGUGCUCGCUGCCUUAUUGCACCUACUGCGAAAGAUCUGUUGAAACCGGCACACUGUGCAGUCAUGAAAACAACUUUGUGAGGAGGGAAGCAAGCUUGAUGGUCACUGAUGAUAGAAGAUCUUGGAAACAUCAAACAGAGCUCACAAAACGAUUGAAAUCAGAGGCUGAAGCUGAAGAAGAAAGAAGUCAUUUGAAUUACCUGAAAGAGCUGGUUCUCCUUGCUCUUAUUCUUUCUUUAGCCCUGCUGAAGUCAGUGUCACGUUGUAACAGCCAGAGCUUGAGAAUGAGCGUGGCUCUGCUUUGUUCAAGAUUAAAAGGAUUAAGCAGUUUGGACAAGCCAAAGUGGGACACCAGAAGUCCAGAAGAUGAGGAGCAGAUUCAGCACAAAAAACACUAUUUCCUGCCCCUCCCAUGGAAAGAAUUUGCUGUGCCGGUCCCGGAGCCAGCUGCACACCUACGGAAACCACGGGCCAUGACAACAUGUGAGUUUGUGACAGCAGCACCCCCACCUGCCUCUGGUCUCACCUUCAGGGACAGUCAUUGGCCAGGAGAAGGUGAAGGGCAGAGAACAAGCAUCAUCUUAGUUCUAGUGAAAAGUACAAAACUGACAGCCUUGAAAACAAGUACUUAA